AUGGCACAGAAGGUUGUACAUGUCCUGUUGCUCGUGGGCUUCAGGAGUUUCUGCGCAGCAGCCGCUCCAGACAACGGGGUUGAGCGAACAAAGCUCUUCGGCAACAUCAACGCAUAUGCAUACUUUUUCGCAGAAUUGCUUGUGGGAACGCCACCUCAAUCAGCAUCAGUCAUAGUUGACACCGGUAGUGCACUCUGUGGUUUCCCAUGUGCCGGCUGUAGCCACUGUGGAAAUCAUCUCGAUCCCCCUUUUGACAUAGAGGCCUCAAACACAUCCAGAACGUUGCCAUGUGGUCCAGACUGCAAUCGUUGUGAUGCAGCUCGGUGCGGGUACUUGCAAUCCUACUCUGAAGGAAGCAGUAUUUCUGGCAUCUGGUUCCGUGACCUCGUGAUGCUCAACGGUGAUCGUCUUUCCUCGGUCGCUAUGGACUUCCGGCGCAGGCAGAAUCUCCAUGUGGUCUUGUUCGGCCUGGCAGGUUUGGUUUGCUUGCCACUGGGCUUCGUUGGGCCUGUAGCAAGAUCUCCUACAGGGACGCCUGGGCGGAAAUUGCGGCGCAUCUCUGUAUCGGCUAUAACCCUCUCGCGCAUACCUACAGGUGAAGGUCUGAUGCAGAAAAUAGAUAAGGAGACGCUUCAGCGGUUAGAAGAGGCCGAUCUCGAGGUUGGCAUGCCCGAUAUGAGUGACCUGGAAGAGAUGACUUCUUUGAUGGUCGACUCUUUCGAUCGCACGCUAGCCAAGAAGCGCUGGGAUGAGUCUAACCCCUUCGCAGAGUAUGCUAACGCCUUCAUUGAUGCCGACGAGACCGACAAGAUUGCCAAGGGGAUGCAGAUGCGACUUGACGUAUCCCUGCAAUAUCAAAACCUUCGCCGUCCGGUUAAGCAGGACGAGAGCAUGGCACUGGUGGCCCGAGCAAAGCAGGGCCCCUUGGUUGCUUAUGUGGAGCUUUGUGUCCUUGCAAACGAUGGCCGUCGACCUGAAGAUGAUGAUGAGAGCCUCCCUGAGGGAGUCACCAAGCAACCAUACUUGAGCAACCUUUGUGUUGCUCCUCCCUUCCGACGGUCAGGUAUUGGAAAAGCAUUGCUCAGAGUGGCGGAGGAUGUGGUCAGGUACAUUUGGAAAGACAGCAAGAUGUACUUGCACAUUGACGAGUACAAGCCUGCUAGGUUGCUCUAUGAAUCGGUGGGAUAUGCUGCAGUCAGCGACACUGACGCUGAAGGUGUGACUCACAUGAUGAAGGAGCUUCCUCCAAUCGAAGAAGAAGUUGAUGAUGACGAGGGUGAGGACUACUUUGUGUCUCAGGAAGACCUUGCCAACAUGAAGGCUAUUGAGGGGGGCAGUGAAAGGUUGGCACUAGGAGCAGGCAAGGAUGCAUAA